AUGGUGCUGCCCUUUGGUCUCGGAGCCGCGGUUUCCGUCGGCAUCUACAACACCUUUAUCAACAAAGACAAUGUCUCGUUCGGACACUUUGUUCUCUUCACCGGUGUCGCCAUGGCUAUCACUGCCUUCCCUGUGCUUGCCCGCAUCCUUACAGAAACCAAAUUGCUCUACACCAAGGUCGGCGUCAUCGUACUUGCCGCUGGUGUCGGCAACGAUGUGGUCGGCUGGAUCCUGCUCGCCUUGACUGUGGCUCUCGUCAAUGCCGACACUGGCCUCACCGCGCUCUACAUCCUCCUCUGCGCGGUUGGCUGGGUCCUCAUUCUCUUUUUCCUUGUCAAGCCUGCCUUCAUUUGGCUCGCCCGUCGCACUGGCAGCUUCGAGAACGGGCCCAACCAGGUUAUGAUCAUGAUCACACUCCUGCUCGUCCUCGUCAGUGCCUGGAUUACCGACAUCAUCGGCGUCCAUCCCAUCUUUGGCUCUUUCCUCGUCGGUCUCAUGAUCCCGCACGAAGGCGGAUACGCCAUUGCCCUCACCGAAAAGAUGGAAGAUCUCGUCCUCGUCAUCUUUUUGCCCAUCUACUUUGCGCUUUCGGGCCUCAAGACUAACCUCGGAGACCUCAACUCGGGCAAAGCUUGGGCGUACACGGUGGCCAUCAUCGUCAUUGCCUUUUUCUCAAAGUUCAUCGGCUGUGCAGCAGCCGCCAGGGCAUUUGGCUUUAAUCUGCGUGAAUCGGCGGCGGUGGGCACGCUCAUGUCGUGCAAAGGUUUGGUCGAGCUCAUUGUGCUCAACAUUGGCCUCUCCGCCGGCAUCCUCGACACCCGCGUCUUUUCCAUGUUUGUACUCAUGGCUGUUGUCUCGACCGUGAUCACCACGCCCCUGACGCUCUGGAUUUAUCCGGAGAGCCACCGCACUCGCCUCGACGAUGCUUCGAUCCACUCGCAUCACGGCGGCAGCGGCAGCGGUGGCGGCAAGACCGGCUCGGGCCAAGACGAGGAGGACGACCUCGCGACGAGCUCUCGUCUCUCGCCCAAGCGUCUGCUUGUGGUGCUCAGCAGUUUUGAGCAUCUUCCGGGUCUCAUGACCUUGGUCCAGCUCAUGCAGCCCACGCUGGCCGCUGCGAAUGCUGACUCUGGCUCGAGCGACUCUGCCCAAGAUCAUGGCCUGCGUCAUCGCCGAUCUAAGCAGGCGUCGUCUGGAUCUGAGGGUGAAGCAGCCGAAAAGUCGACCGAGACGGGGGACGAAGACGAUCCUUCCAACCACGGCGCCGAGUAUCAGACCCCAGUACUGGCCUCCGAGGCUCCCUAUGCGUCAGCGGUUGCAGCAGGGCGCUCUCACGCUCAGAUCAGCAUCGAUGCUCUGCGACUCGUCGAGCUCACUGACCGUACCUCGGCGGUGAUGAAGGUGUCCGAGUCCGAGGACACGAUGCGCGCCGACCCCAUUAUUAACGUCUUUCAGACGUUUGCACACCUCAACGGUCUACCUGUGCAGUCGACAAUGUCGGUGAUCCCGCAAGAAGAGUUCGCUGCAGCUGUCACUCGUCGCUGCAAAGCGGCUGGGUCCAACUUUAUCAUUCUACCAAUGACGUUGGCGCAAGCGUCUGCAAGCGCCAGCAACAACGGAGGAGCCGGAGGACAAGAAGCUGCUGCUGUUGCCGGACCUUCCUCGCCGUUGGCUGCGACGCUUGCCAAUCCGCUCGAGAACCUCUUUGGCGGUGCAUGGGCGUCGAACCCGUCGGAGGGCUUGAAAGGACGAUACUCGGCUCACCAUUUCAACGUGGUGCGCAAAAUCAUACAGACGGCCGAGACGGAUGUAGGCCUGCUGAUCGAGCACAAAGCGGCCCUGUCGAGCUCGAGUGGCGGCGAACGCAACCAGCAAGGAUUGCUCUCGCGCGUUGGUUCGCAGCCCAUCUUGCUGGCGUUCAUGGGUGGGCCUGAUGACCGCGCUGCGCUGGAUCUCGUCGCUAGGCUGUGUGCCAACAACCGCAACCUGUCGGUGCUAGUGGUGCGUAUGAGCCGCAUCUCGUCGGACGAAGCUGGCGAAGACCAGCUGCCCACAGUCCCGCCCACCGUGCACCACGAGUUGAGCCUCAACUACGCGCAGCAAUCAGCGCUUCGAGCGGGCGGCAGCAACAUGGACACGGUUUACCCCACGCAACACGCUGGUGCCCGGUCCGGUGCACCGCUGCAGUCGGCACUCGAAGCAACGCUCGAAGACGAUCUGGCGUUGCAGCGCGUCCAGGAUCAGAUUGCAGCUGACCGCUUCAACGGUAGGCUGAGCAUCCAGGCUGUUGCUACAGCCCGGCCUUUGCGCGAGCUGAUGCAGCUGACGGAGACGCACCAGCCGGCUAUGGUUGUGGUUGGGCGCGGUAGGCGGAACCCCACGCAAACGCAUCGGGACGAGCUGAAGGCGCUGAUGCAGAAGCAUCAUUCGGGAGACGCGGCGGAGAGGCAGCUCAAUAGCGAGAUCACAAAGGUGAUCGGCGAGUGUGCAACGGCUUUGACGUUUGUGGGGGGCAGUGCGGGUGCUAGCACGUUGGUGAUCGCGGCUGGGUUUAGUGCGAGGCGGUUGUAG